CUAAAGGGCAAAGUAGAGAGAGUCAGUUGGUUACGGAUAAGAUUAGUCCGUCCUUUUUUUGUGUGUUGUAUGUCUAUUAUUAUGUACAAUUGAACAAUUUGGCUUUUCUUCGAAUCUAUUUAACCAGAAAUUUUUCAGUUUUGUAGUUACUUAUUUAUCUUGUGCUAAAGCAACAACAUUUCAGUUAGUUAGUUUUCAUCGUCUGAAUAAAAAAAUGAACAAGUCUCUUGUCCUUUUGGCUGCAGCCAUCUUUAUGGUUGUUAUUACUAAAACAUCAGCUGAUAGCUGGGGUAAACCCAAGCAUAUGUAUUAUAAGCAUAGACAUGAUCAUGAUCAUUACCACUGGCAUGAUCAUAAGGCUGACCAUAAAGAGAAGCACGGGCACGAAGAGAAACACAAACAUGAAGCUAAACAUAAUGAUGAACACAAACACUGGGAAGAGCAUAAUCACAAGCAUAAGCACGGCGAGAAACAUAAUCAUGAUGAAGAUCAUCAUCACGGUCAUAAGCAUAUGCACAAGGAAGAUCACCACGGAAAGUUCAACCAUAAGCACCAACACAAGCAUCACCACAAAGAUCACUGGGGACACAAAAAGUAACCAUCUCAUCAAAAAACACAGACACACAUCCAACAUUUACAUAAAUAAUGUAUCAAAGUUGACCAUUAAAAACGCAUUCAUAUCAUAGA